CUUCGACGCCAUGUAUGCCCAGCGACCUUUAGCAUAUGCUCCAACGCCUUAUAGCUAUACACCAAAUACUGCAAGAUCGGCAUCUAUCAAUCUCGAUGAGGAAGUGAAGCUAGCGUCCAGCUCUGCGGAGCGCGAUCUUUACGAGUCCCUGGCUGAGAUAUACAGCAUCAUAGUCACACUAGAUGGACUAGAGAAGGCAUAUAUUAAGGAUGUGGUCACCGAGUCGGAGUACACGGAAACAUGCACUCGACUGCUAAAACAGUACAAGUCUAGUUUGGGUGACGACACUGUUGCACGGGAGUUUGUCGACUUGGAGACGUUCAAGCGAACCUGGGAGCUGGAAUGCCCGCGCGCCACCGAGCGUCUUCGCAUCGGACUCCCCGCAACAGUCGAACAGGCCACUCACAGCGGCUCCGCGGCCAACAAGGCUCCAGCAGCCACAGGACCCGCGGGCGGCGCAUCAGGAAGUUUGAUCCUUACGGCUACAGAGAACUUUAUUACGUUCCUGGACGCUCUCAAAUUGAACAUGGUAUCGAAAGAUGCGCUUCACCCUCUGCUCUCUGAAGUGAUUCAGUCGGCCAAUAAAGUGACAGAUGUAGACUUUGAAAAUCGCGGCAAGAUCAUCCAGUGGCUGAUAACACUGAAUCAAAUGCGCGCAACAGAAGAACUGAGCGAAGAGCAAGCCAGAGAACUGGCAUUUGACAUCGAACAAGCAUACCAAGGAUUCAAGUCGACGUUGGGAAUCGUGCUGGACCUUCCCCAGAUUCACAUGAAGCCAUCCGGCACCGAACUGAUACAAACUCUCGAGCUUUUGGCCAUCAAACCACGAGGAUUUGGAUCUAGUGCUCAUGAAUCGGUCAAGAGCCAGACAGUUCACCCUGCUGGAGUAACCCGCUAUCUCACAUCGAUCAUAUCGAGCUCUCUAUCAUGGUUAGAUACCGAUGAACUGCGGGAGGCUGUCUGGGAUGCUGCGGCCGCCCGACUCAGCGAGCGGUCCGGUCGAACAGCGAUGCCGGCUAUGUCUCGGGUCUUUGUGAUCCCCACAUCAUCGGGGGAAGAGCUCACUCUCACCUUGCACGAACCCUCCUUGACGGCCGACAACCUAGGCAUGAAAACCUGGGUUUCAUCAUAUCUCCUCUCUCGUCGCCUGCACACUCUCCCCGACUCUACCCCGCAACUCAUCCCAUCUGCGUCGAUCACUCCGACCUCCGGACGUACCCUUCGAGCACUAGAGUUAGGCGCAGGCACCGGGCUCGUCGGUCUUUCUUUUGCUGCCCUCCGCGGCAAAUCAGCAACGGUCCAUCUCACAGAUCUUCCAGAGAUCGUGCCAAAUCUAUCCCACAAUGUGUCCUUGAACGUAGAGCUGCUCACCAACACCGCCGCCACAACCACAACAGGAGUCCUUGACUGGUGCGUCACACCAGAACCGCUCCCCGUUCCCGAAGAACAGUACGAUUUAAUCCUAGCCGCGGAUCCUCUAUACUCUCCUAGCCAUCCGCAGUGGCUGGUGGACACAAUUGCAGUGUGGCUGGGUCGUGGACUGGACGCUCGUGUUGUGCUUGAGAUGCCUCUUCGGGACGCUUACCUACCACAAGUGGAGGAGCUUCGUCAGCGAAUGGGGCACCUUGGUCUUGCAGUGGUGGAAGAGGGAGAGGAGACUGGAUACGAUGAUUGGGAAACUGCGGACGGAGGGGCGCUCGCACGCAACCUGCAAUCUCAUCCAACAACGCAAGCUACCAAAAUGGUCCUUGGACUGCUCAUAAUCAGCUCUAUACCUACAGUCACUGGAAUCACAUUAGGAGCAAACGAUGCGAGACGAAUGGCCAAGUUCUACAUAGAUGUGGAAUGCUUUGCGGAACUACAAGAACUAGAAGAAUACAAAGAGCUCCAUGGAAAGAGGCUUGUAUUGAGGGGUUUAAAAGCAUACAUCAACGACCCGAUCUCCUCUGACCGAAAGGUCGAAGCACACGCCGGACAAGCCUUCUACAUCAAUUACCCCGAGCUGGAUCAUAUGAAACACCUCAAACGUGGACUAGGCCUUGUAACUACAAUUUCUGAUAACCCUCCGCAGCUGAACUGGCUCUAUGCGGACAAGGAUACGCAUGAAGUGAAGUACGGGAAUCGGACGGAGAGCUGCGAGCAUGCAGUUGGGCCAUGGGACUGGAGAGAUGACGAAACGACGAUUACUCUUGAAAGGAAAGGUCGGUUUCUGGCGGUUAAGGGUGACGAUGGGUCGUGGGAGGUUUACUUUGAUCGACACAGGGAUGGACUACAGGUGGUCGCUGUGCCUAUUCGAUUGAAAAGGACUCUAGUAGAGCAGACCUCGGAUUGA